GGUCCUCGAGGGGAAAUUCCCAGGUUGCUUGCCCCGGACCGGAAGGUAGUGCAGAGUCCCUGCGGGCCGCAGGCUGGGAAAAUCUUUCCAAGACGAGGCAGGAUGGGGAACAGCAAGAGCUGCUCGGAGAGGAGCUUUUGCUCCCAGUUGCUUCCUGAGGAGCAGGCCGAGAUUGACAGGCUGUUUGAUGCCCUGUCAUCGGAUAAGGACAGCGCGGAGAGCUCGCCCCGCUGCUUCUCUCUGAAGGCUCUGCAGAGCCAUGUGGGGGAAGCGCUUCCCCAGGAAAUGGUCACCAGACUCUAUGACGGCAUGCGGCAGGUGGAUGUGACUAGUAGGACCCUGGGGCCCAGCAAGAGUGUCUCGCGGGAGCAGUUCUCAGCGUCGAUGUCACACCUGCUAAAGGGGAACGCCGAGGAGAAGAGCCUUGUGAUCCUGAAAAUGGUUUCUGCCCGGGAAGGGCCUGUGAAGGCCAGAGAAGUACAGAAGUUCACAGAGGACCUGGUGGGCUCCGUGGUGCAUGUGCUGGCCCACCGACAGAAACUGCGCGGCUGGGCUGGGACGCAGGCCACAGGUGCCCCGGUCAGGACAAAGGCCCUGGCCACCCAUCUUGUCUCCGAGAUGAAGCUUCCAGGUGGUGAGAGGCCUCAGGGGCCUCAGUGGCUGGACCUUGACUGUGACCAAGGCGUGAUCGAGGACUGGGUCUUCAGGGUCCCCCACGUGGCCAUGUUCCUGAAGGUGGUCAUCUGCAGGGGCCUUCUCAUCUUAUGCGGGUCCCUUGACGUGGCCACGCUGGUCCCCGAGCGCCAGGUGGAGCUGGGCCAGGAGCUGGAGAGCCUGCUGGACGCGCCCGCUGUCCUCUUCCUUGGCUCCCACCUGGCCCCGGAGCAGCGGCAGCGCUGGCGCCUGCUCUUCUCCUCCCACCUGCACGGGCAGAGCUUCUCGCAGCUGUGCGGCCGCAUCACUCACCGUGGGCCCUGCCUGGUCCUGCUGGAGGACCGCGAUGGCCACGUGUUCGGGGGCUUCGCCUCCUGCUCCUGGGAGGUCAAGCCGCAGUUUCAAGGGGACAACAAGUGCUUCCUGUUCUCCAUCACCCCCAGCAUGGCCGUGUACAUGCCCACAGGCUACAACGACCACUACAUGUACCUGAACCACGGGCAGCAGACCAUCCCCAAUGGACUGGGCAUGGGAGGUCAGCAUGGCUACUUCGGACUGUGGGUGGACUCUGACUUUGGGAAUGGGCACAGCAAGGCCAAGCCCACGUGUACCACAUACAACAGCCCACAGCUGUCCGCUGAGGAGAACUUCCGGUUUGAGAAGAUGGAGGUGUGGGCAGUUGGAGACCCCUCAGAGUCGGAGCUGGCCAAGGCAAAGAAGAGCAUCCUUGAUGCGGACCCUGAGGCGCGCGCCCUGCUGGAGGCCACAGGGCGGACGCGCCACAGCGAAGGCUUCCGGGAGGUCCCAGACGGUGACAGCGCCCACGAGUGAGCCGCGCAUGCCCUGGAGACACAGACUGUGCAGCUGCUGGGUAGCGAAGUCCUUGGACCCUGCUCCUCCCACGUUGGCUAAACUUGAACGUGGAGCCCCACGGGCCAUGUCCAGGUUGUCCCGGAUGUGUUCCUUCAGAACACAGCCCAUGCCAAGAAAUUUCCCUCCGAUGCCAUACUCUGGCGUGGGCUUUGUAUCCCAGAAAUUCUUGUCAGAUUAGCACCUUAGCCUUACACGUUCAUUUUGUAAUAGUGGAACCCAAAGACACCGAGACGUUCGGAGCUCUGCUGGCAUCAGCAGAUCUUGCCAUCAGGCAGGGGACUCUGGGGGGUCCCUGGACCUCUGCCCAGGCCUCUGCCGUCAGUCCCCCAUGGCCCAUUCUGCCUGGAGGUGGGUAGAGGCUUAGAGAAUGACCACACUUUGGAGAUAGCUUCCAACAGUGUGGAAUUUGUGUGUAUUUCUUUAAAAAAACCCCACAAGCAUCCUAUUAAUGGGGAAAUAGCUGAAGAGAUUGAGGGCAGUGUGGCUUUGUGUGGCAUGGGUCUUUAGUAGGUGCCAGUCACUAGGGCUCUGUUUCCAACCUUCUAUGAGUCAGGGUGGCAGAAGGUUUGGGGUUCCAUCUGCAGAAAAGCAGAGUGACAUUUCUUUUAUUAGUGCAGAUGUUGGAGGCACUUGGGGCCCUGGUUUGGGACCUUGCUUGACAGAUGCAUGCAGCCCAUCCCACGAACCAGUGCUGUCUGGAAUCUAGACUGGGGACCCACUGCUGAGUCAUGCCUGGGCCCAGGGUGGCUCUCCAAGGAGAAGACUGUGACCGGACAGUGGGGACUCUAAACAGGGGUGCAGGAGACAGCAGGUCCUGCAGGGCUGAUCUCACCCUUUGUGGGAGGAAGUGCCAGGCCUGAUCUGGUGCCUCUUCUUUUGCCAUAAACCUCGGCCUUUGGCAGAUCUGGGGAAAGGGCGAUCUUCUGCUGUAUAGUUGGCCUGGUGGAAAGCCACGCUAAACCAAGCCAGUUUGCAUUUUGCAGAUUUUGUGUUUCCCACCAGGGUUCUCACCAAAUCUGCCCGUGGUGGUCCCCUGCCUAAGACAGACAGCCUUGUAAACUGGCUUCAGAGAAGUGCCACCUCUGCAGGGCAAGGGGAUCGCGUCCUGCCAGGCACUUGAGUGCUUGGUCUGGUGCGGCCUGUGUGCAAGAUGCUGGUGUGCAGCGUCUGUAGGAGCAGCUGGGAGUCUCUGAUGGACCUCGGUCUUGUCCACCACACUCCAGAGAAGUAGGCUCCUGGGAUCACUUUGCUCAAAUACCUCACUUCUAACAGGGCUGCAGUGCCUGCAAUUGCUGCUGUGUUUGGGGUGCUGGGUGGGUCAGGGGACCCUGCACCUAGCCUAACCAGAUGGCGGCUCGUGCUUCCCAAGACAGUGCCCUCCUCCAGGCUGGGAGGGUGCCCCGCCAGGCAUUUGGUCACCUGGGGGUGCAGCCCUCUUGCAGCAGGAAGGGGACAGCUGUGGGUCUCCUCCUGACCUGAGGCUUAGCUGCUCUGCACACGUGGGUCACAAACUUCUCAGUGUACAAAGCUGUUUAUGACAUCCGUGGGGUCCCCGAACCCAAGAGGCCCUUAUGUGGAUCUGAAAAACUGAUGACCAUGUUUUAACAGAGGACUUUGUCCUUUUGGGGAAUUGGGAUGAGAAUUCCAGAUGUCAGUGAUGGAAGGGAUUAAAAGAUAUGUCCCCUGUGGCAAAUGUGACAGUCACUGUGUGUG